AGAAUUCGACAGUUUUUUGUUUCUCUCACCGUGUUUUGUUCUCUCACAAAUUCCCAAAUUUGAAACCCUAAUUUAUCGACCUCAGAUCCGCUUGCAAGUUGAAUUUUCGUCUUCUGAUUUGUAUUAGGGGAUUAGUUAUUCUUACUAAGAACCAUCAGAAAAUGGAUAGCAACAAAGACGAUGCGUUGAAAUGCUUGGAAAUCGGCAAAGAAGCCCUCGAAUCCGGUGAUCGAAGCCGUGCUUUAAAAUUCAUCACCAAAGCUCGCCGCCUGGAUCCUACUCUCGCCGUCGACGAUCUCUUAUCUGCGGCGGAAAAGGAUGAGCCAAAUAAAACGGCGGCUGCAAACAUUAAUAAUGGGUCCACAACAGCCACGGCCUCAAACGAAUCCAAAGUUCGCCAAAGGGGGUCAUCAUCAUCAUCAUCAUAUACAGAGGAGCAAAUUUCGAUUGUGAGAGAAAUCAGGAAGAAGAAGAAUUACUAUGAGAUUUUGGGAUUGGAAAAGUCUUGCUCUGUAGAAGAUGUUCGAAAAGCAUAUCGAAAACUAUCACUGAAAGUCCAUCCUGAUAAGAACAAGUCUCCUGGAGCUGAGGAUGCAUUUAAAGCUGUUUCGAAAGCGUUCCAGUGCCUUAGCAAUGAAGAGAGCAGGAGCAAGUAUGAUGUCACCGGAACUGAAGAGCCUCUCUACGAGAGACGCUCUUCCAGUCAUCAUCGUCAUGGAUAUUAUAAUUAUAACGAUGAUUUGGAUCCUGACGAGAUAUUCAGGCAAUUCUUCUUUGGAGGUGGAAUGAGGCCUGCCACCACCCAGUUUCGGAGUUUUAAUUUUGGAGCAGGAAUGGGUGGCCCUAGAACGGAUCAUAAUGGAUCUGGGUUUAACUUCCGUGCAUUGAUUCAAUUGCUCCCGGUUCUUCUUAUUUUCCUUUUCAACUUUCUACCGUCAUCUGAGCCUAUUUAUGCACUUUCCAGGUCCUAUCCUUAUGAGUACAGGUUUACUACGCAGAGAGGGGUUAAUUUUUAUGUGAAGAGCACCAAGUUUGAGAAGGAUUAUCUACCGGGUACCCAUGAGAGGGAGGCGCUGGAAGCCAAGGUGGAGAAGGACUACGUCUCUGUCCUUGUGCAGAAUUGUAGGUUUGAGUUACAGAGGAAGCAGUGGGGUUUUGUAAGGGAGACUCCUCAUUGUGAAAUGUUGCAGCAGUUUCAAGAUGGGGAAUUGGCGGCUUGAUGGAAACUUUUAAGAAUUCUUUGUUUUCAGUACCUGGUCAACCUAAAUUUGAAGAAAUAUGCGGAGAGUUUGGAAUUUGCAGAAGAAAUGAAGAAUAAUACUUGUGUGUUGUCAGAUUAAAUUUUCUCAAUCUGGAUCUUGUCUAUAACCUUUCAAGCCUUUAGGUCACGUAUUUGAUUUUCAUUUUUUCUGCCUUGUGUAUGUGCUAUUGAUUUUCCUUAGAAAAAGUGUUUAACUCUAUCUUUGAAUGCUUUCUGCAAUGUACAUGCAUCGAGCCAUAUUUAUUCCAUCUAUACCUAGACUGCAUGUAUAUGAUUUAUCUUA